AUGUCUAUUAGUGAAGAGUGCAAACUAUGCAUUGACAUCAACGUGGCUUCAUUGACUAAAAUGAGAAAGGGAAAAUGGAAGAGACACCCAUUAGACCUUGAUCUUGUCAACCAUCCCAAAAAAAAAAAGGGUGCUGGGAAGAUAGAUUUAUACCAGUAUGAAGGUUUUUGGUACCCUUUCUUCCAUAUACCAGGAGUAUUGUUGGCUCAAGAACAUUUCAAGCCUCAACCUAACCAGGUGAUUUUGAGCUGUUUUCCAAAAUGUGGCACAACUUGGCUUAAGGCUUUGGCUUUUGCCAUUACGACACUAUCCAGUGAAAGCGAGCCUACAAACCCUUUACUUACAAGAAUGUCACAUGAUUGUGUACCCUUUAUUGAGUUUAAUAUGCACUCAAGCCAACCAGAAUUGAGUUUAGAUAUUCCACUUGCAUCUACACACAUUCCCUACACUUCCCUACCAAAAUCCAUUAUAAAUUCUGGUUGUAAAAUUGUUUAUAUAUGCAGGGAUCCAAAGGAUGUAUUUGUGUCUUUAUGGCACUUUCAAAACAAGUUGACUUCUCAGGAGGGACUCCCAACCAAUAAAAAUAUUGAGGACCCACUUGAGAUUUUUUGUGAAGGAAUAAUUUCUGCUGGACCAAUUUGGGAUCAUGUAUUAGGAUACUGGAAAGCAAGUUUGGAAUCUCCAGAGAGAAUAUUGUUUAUAAAGUUUGAAAAUUUGAAGAAUGAAACUGUACAUUGGGUAAAGAAAUUGGCUCAAUUUAUUGGUUAUCCUUUCUCUUUGGAAGAAGAAGAGAAAGGUAUGGUGCAAAAGAUUAUAGAUUUAUGUAGUUUUGAAAACAUGUCCAAUUUAGAGGUGAAUAAAAAUGGAAAGCUGACAUUGGGUUUAAAAAACAAUAUGUAUUUUAGAAAAGGUAACGUUGGAGAUUGGAAAAACCAUCUCACACCUGCAAUGGCAACGCGAAUUGAUCAAAUAACUAAGCAAAAACUAACUAGUUAUGGCUUGACAUGGAAUGUCACCUAA